GGGCGGGGUAACCUCAUGGUUUUAGUCCGAGGCUGCAUGAUUACUGAGACCUUUAUAAUUUGGGGUGAGAGGCCUCCAAGAAUCCACAAUGAUGGUGAGAUCAGAGAUUCCACAAGUUGUGUGGAGUUCGCCGUCGUAAACAACAGCACAUGAAGAUAUUGGUGUCCUACGCACAGGCUAUGUCAGAACGGCCCCCAAGCGACGAUAGCGUCAAGAUGUGGGCUGCGAUCGAAGCCCCAGCACUUGGUGAAUCGGAAGGAAUUUGUUUUCGUUCUGUGGACUGCAGGAAACGUUUUGAGCAGAGUAUACAGAUACUCAAGGAAAUUGGUCCUUCCGAGGCCUCCAACCAGCAAUUUGAUCGCGAUUCAUCUCUCUUAAGGAUGCAGGGCUUAUUUUCACAUUUCAAAGCAUGGGGUAACAGUAUUGCAGCGUUCCAAAACGUUUCAAUAAGAAGCUCGCUCGAGUUUCGUCUAAAAGAAGCUACAGAUAUCCGACAAAGAGUUCUGAAGAUCCUAGGUAAUCUUCAAGUAUCGUUGCACGAGGCUGCAUUGAUUAUCACUGGAAGGGAACCAAAUGACUCAUGGACUGUUGAGGAAUAUAGUGAUUCUGAUAAUGAGGAACCAGACUCGGAGCCGGAACAGAUCUCAGAGCUACAAGAGUUGUUUCAAGCCAUGACGGAUGCGAACACAAAUCUUCUCAAGCUUUCUAUGGUUAUUCGAAACUCACCAAAUCGAGAUGACUACUUCAAAGCUGCUUCGAGAUAUAGAUUUGAUGCCAGCUAUGAUAUUGGACACGUGAGAGAGAAGCACGGCUCUGCAAAGAGAAGUGCUGAUUGGUUGAUUGUACGCCUUGGAAAGGCCAUUACAAGGCGACGCCAGUACUUGAAAUAUCGCGAGGAUCACCAUGGAAAGCUUACGAGGGACUGGGAUGAUGCUAUGAUCAUUGAAAAAGAAGACAAAACAAUUGCUCUGACCAAAGCAACAACCUUUGUUGAAAAUACUACGACGGCCCAGAAGGAUGGAUCUGAUUUGGGUAGCUCAUUCGGCUCGCAGACUUCCUAUGAGGCUACAGUUAUAGGAGAGUCCACAGGAAGAUUAAAUGUACCAUCUCAUCCGAGAAUGACAUUUGAGGAUGUGCCGUUUCAGUUCGGUAGCCCUUUUCGAUGUCCGUAUUGUUUCACAGAACAGAUAGUCAAUAAUCGCUCUGCAUGGAAGAAGCAUAUUUUCAGGGACCUUAGACCAUAUGUUUGUACCUUCCAAGAAUGUGAUUUGAGAAUGUUUUGGAGUCGUAAUGAAUGGUUCGCGCACGAAGUUCAAAACCACAGAAGGGAAUGGGUCUGCCAGCAAUGCCAACAUGCUCCAUUCUCAUCCUCAUCGGCGUAUGAAGUUCACUUACACUCACGUCACCAAGUUGAGCUCAAAGGUUCUCAACUCAAAGCAUUGCUGUUGCAAAGUGAAGAACCAGUGGAUAAAGUGUCUGCCACUGCGUGUCGACUUUGUGAUCAGUGGGAAACAAUUAUCGAAGAUAAAAGAUUUGGUUCUAAACGACCGUUCCUUGAUGGGGUGCAGCCAUCUCAGUCAUAUGGUACUCGUGGGCAGUUUAGAAGACACUUGGGACGACACAUGGAGCAAUUAGCUUUAUUUGCAUUACCUAUAAACGAAGAUGCGAUGGAGGUCGAUAGCUUAAGUGAAGAUGAGUAUCACGAAGAUUCAUCGGCUUCCGUUGCAGAGUCAAAAGCCAUUGGUAACAGUGACCUCAUUGAUACAGGGUCUCUCGGAUUACCCGUAGACAGUGAUGCGGCCACUGAUACAAUGUCUCAUGGUCUUCCCCCACAAGCUGGUAAUGAUUUUAUCAACCCUCGAUUUAUGGAUUCUGUACAACAGCGUGAUUGGGAUGAGUUUGAAGAAAAGGAAGAGCAAAAUAGAAGCGCUGGUGGUCCGUCAAGAGCCGCUCCGAAAGAGAUGCCUCAUGGAUGGUCUUUCUCCAAGGUUGAAAAAGGAAGAUCAAAGACGGGGUGUGUAACAUGCAGGAGGAGAAAGAAGAAGUGUGAUGAAGCGAAACCAAGGUGUCUGAAUUGCGAAAAGAAUGCCGUCGUGUGUGAAGGGUAUCCAGAAAGACAAGUUAGGAAGCAAGCUGGUAAUGAUUUUAUUCGCCCUAGAUUUAUGGAUUCUGUACAACAGCGGGGGAAGCUGGAGCGGAUUAGAGUGGAGAAGGAGCGAAAUGAGAAAUCGUUGCGCGAAGAUAUCGAAUCGCGCAUGACGACGGGGGAGUUGGAACAUUAUAAGUCUGAGCGGGAGCGCGAGAGAGAAGAAUGAGGUGAUGAUGUUGAAAGAAGAUGCGAAGCUAAUCUUGAUGGAGAGAGAAUUGGAAAUUAUCCGAUUUGAGAAAGAGAUGGCGAAGGAAGAACGCAUGUAACGGGAGGAAUUCGAAUUAAUUUCUCUUAAAGAAGAAAAGAAGAAUUUUAAGAAGAAAAAGCGUAUGCAAGAAGAGAGGGAGCAAGCAAAUGAGGAAAUUCGCAAUACUUAUGAGCGUAUGAAGCAAUUGGAACAGGAGCGACAUGCUCGUGACAAAAAAGACCUCGAUGAAUUCAUCGAGAAGUA